AUGUCUGCGGCCCCGUUUGACGUGAUGUCUGCAUGGCAGAAGGGGGAUGUCCCUCAUGUGCAGCCUGUUCGCCCAGUUUCUUCGAGAAGAUGGAAUGAAGUUCCCGCAGGACCAAAUAGACUUGCCCAACUCCUGACCAUGUGGUUGGAAGGACUCAGUCACGAAGACAAGGAUGCUCUGAAACAGGUGCUCUGUAUUGGUCACGGGGGUCUACCAGAGCUUGAUCAUGUGUUCAGCGUGGAGAAAGAUCGUGCAAAACAAGAAUUUCUUCGCGAUUUUUGCCCGACUAUGAGACAUUUGUAUGAUGAUGCACUUCAGGAAGGCUCCUUGCGGACGGGAUCGGUAUUCCGCGCCAUCGCAAACUACUUGACUGAGAAGAAGGUGCGUUGUUUCCAGUUUGAGAACGUGAUCCCUCUAGCUGCCAAACCUACGCAGCAGGUUUCAGGCUGUGAAGGCAGCAAGAAAAAGGAGCCAACCGUGAUGGGUCCGUCCAAUCUGUCCGCAGUCGUGGCUGUUUUGAGGAAUGAGGCUGGGAUGUUCACUCAUUGCUGGCACCUUGACAGCCGUGAGCAGUUUGGAAGCGGGCAGCAGAGGCAGCGUCUUUGGGGAUUAUCCUUUCGCUUGGAAGACCUUUGCAUGACAGAGGAGUGUGCUCACAGUGUGCUCGAUGAAAUCAUGAACUCAUUGGCAGGUGUGCAGCCCUGCCACCCUGCUGACUACUUACUUCCCGAGUCCUCUGCUGCUGUCCGCCUCCAGAGAUUGCAACACACCUUCAAAAAUUUGUCAGUACAGGAUUUCCUGAGGACAGAUCAUGCUCAUGCGCAGGCGGAGGAACACGAAGGUGCAAGAUCUGAGCGCGGCUUGCGCAUUGACACACUCUUCCAAACAGAGGGCAUUUUGCCCGGUGCAUUUCCUUCAAAGCGUCGGAAAACAGAUCCACAGAAUAGCUAUCCUCCUGGGGCCAAAUGGGUGGCCAAGCACGCUGAUGCCUUCAGAGAACUUGGAAAGGACAGAAGUUCGUGGAAGGCUUUCUCCGCUCGCAAGGACACCCCAGACAAGUUCCGCACCCACGCCGUGCCUGAGCUUGAGAAAGUUGAAGCAACUUUGGCGGAUGAGUCUGAACGGCCAGCUUACGUGGAAGGGGUGAAAGCGUUUGAGCGUGAGAAGCUUGAGGAGAACACCAAGAAAUGGGAGGCGACGGGGAAAAAGAGGAAAGCAAGCAGCUCCGGCUCUGCUGUGAAUGCAGGGCAAAAGUCAUCAUUCCGAUUGGAAGAGCUGAAGGGCUACCUGUGGCCCAUCGCCGUGUAUGAAAGGGUCAAGAAAGUGAAACCUCCCAAAACUAUGCCAGUGGUUGAGAUGGUCGUGAACGGCAAGAAGGUUCGAGGUGUGAUUCUUGACGAGACUCACGGCAGGCCUGUCGGCACCAUUGCGAUCAUUUCGGACGAUGUGCGGUAUGUGCAGAAGGCAGGAGUUGACGUGAAGGAAGAUGGCCUUGUCAGCAUUGCAAACUCCAAAGCCUCUAGUGGUGCUCCUGAUGACUUGAUGGCAGAUCUUGAUGAUUUGUGGGGUAACCGUACCUUUGGUCCUGGCAAUAAGCGCCGACGGGUGGCCGCACUCGAGGAUCAGGAGAGAUUGGGUCAUGAGGAUGAAUCACAGGCAGAAACUGCACCAGAGGAUGAAGCCAAACCAGAAACUCCACCAGCCGAACCAGAACCUUCGAAGAGGGCUCGAACAAGUGAAGCCAAGAAGACGACCUCUUCCUUGCCGGAUAGCAAAUCUCAUGUUUUUGCUGGUUUCAACGUAGGAGGCUUGCCAUCCACUGGAUCAGCAACAGCGAGUUCGAAGGCUUCCAAGACUGCCUCAAAAGAGAUCAACAAAAGCGAUGCACUGUCUACAGAGAUUGCUGAGUGUAUUCAGAACUUUGACGAUGUCGAGGGGAUUUUCAUGGUGACAGAUGCAAAGAUUGCUACGCUUUCUUCCAAAGUAUCAGCCCGCCUUGAACCAGACGUUGUUGCUAGCUGUGUUGGAGCAGAUGCAGAUGGAGAGCAACAGGCACGGGGUCUACGAGUGGUGGCCACUCUUAGGCAGCUAAAGGCAAAACUCACAGCUGCAGCGCCUUUGGUAUCAUCCUUGACAGCGCACCAGGGCGAAUCUUUUCACCACGGUUUCUUGGCAACUGCAUUGGAGCAAGCCAGAAAGUCAGGGGUUACUGUGACAAAAGAAGUUGAUGACAUCCUGGCUGUCAGAGAGAUAUCAACUCUGGCAGAAGCUGGUGACUGGGAUAAGUUUGUGAAGAAGCUUUCAAGUGGCCUAGCGAACGUGCAAGAUGACUCCAAGGCUGAAAUUCGCAAUCGUGGCUUGAUUCACGCAGUUGAGUCUGUCAUGCGGCAGUCUUUGCCUUGCCAACAGUCAGCUCAAGUAGAUGUUGCGAAGGAAAGAUGUCUCAGCCUGGAGGAUUUGAUCACAUCGGUCUCCCAAUCUCAGCUAUGGAUGUCUUCUCAACUUUCAGUGGAUGCUGUUUGCUCAGAGCUUGCGCACUUGAAGACUCUAUGCCAAUUCGUGGCAGUGGAAGAGGAAGAGAGUGCUUCAGACAAAGUCUCUGCUGCGGAAAAGGCACGCACUGUGCUGUCUUCCAAGAAUGCCAAGCUAUUGAAGGCAAUGACUGCAUUUCCCUUGGGCGUACGGCUGAUGCAGAGUGUUCAAGAUUCACUAGCUGCAUUUCACGCUGAAGCUACCUUGCGUUCAGGACUCAACACUGCGAGCCUUGGCUGA